AUGACCGUGGCGAGUGGUAUAUCAGAGGAGGCCAAGCCGGUGCAGGUGACCCUCCACCCCCUGAGAGUAGGAGUUGAACAGGAGCCGCUGUGCAUCUUUGGGACAGGGGACUUGGGCCGCUCCCUGGGUCUGCGCCUGCUGCAGACGGGCUGCAGGGUGGUGUAUGGCAGCCGCAGACCUCACAGCUGCGGCCCUUUGCCCGAAGGAGCUGAGGUGAUGAGCCAUGAGGCGGCGGCCAGGGCGGCGCGACUCAUCUUCAUUUGUGUUCACAGAGAACAUUACACAUUCAUGGAGACGCUGGCGACUUAUCUGAAAGGAAAGGUGUUGGUGGACCUCAGUAACAACCUGAAGAAAGACAUAUACCCAGAAGCCAACGCUGUCUACUUGCAGAGACUGGUCCCUGGAGCCACUGUGGUGAAAGGCCUGAACACUCUGUCUGCCUGGGCUCUGCAGAAUGGUCUUCUGACAGGAAAACAGGUCUACCUGUGUGGAAACAGCGCAGAAGCAAAACAGGCCGUAGCAGAGGUGGCCACCAAGAUGGGUCUCACGGUUUUGGACAGAGGUUCUCUCUCUGCUGCCAGAGACCUAGAGGACUUCCCCCUGCGGCUGUUCCCAGAGUGGAGACUGCCUCUCCGAAUUGCUGUCAGCCUCACCGCUUUCUUCUAUUUCUAUCUGCUCAUCAGAGAUGUCAUCUACGCAUAUGUGGAGCAAGGGAAAGACAUCUCCUACAGAAUCAUGGUGUCACUAGCUAACAAGGUUUUCCCGAUCGUUUCACUUGUCAUGUUGUCCUUAUGCUACCUGCCUGGCGUUAUCGCCGCCUUCCUUCAGCUAUACAGAGGCACAAAGUACAGGCGUUUCCCUAACUGGCUGGACCGUUGGAUGUUGUGCAGGAAGCAGAUGGGCCUGAUUGCGCUGGGGUUUGCCUUUCUCCAUGCAAUCUAUACAUUCAUCAUUCCUAUUCGCUACGCUGUCAGGCAUAAACUCAUCUCUCGUGUGGUGGACGAGAUGAAGAACAACAAAACUACCCCGUUUGACUUCGAUAACACAGAAGCAUGGGGAACUGACUCCUUCUACGUACUUGGCAUCCUUGGUUUCUUUCUUUAUGUCCUGCUUGGCCUGACGUCGCUGCCCUCUGUUGGAGGCUCACUCAGCUGGAGAGAGUUCAGCUUCAUUCAGUCCAAACUGGGCCAUGUGACCCUGUUCAUAUGCACUGUUCAUGGUUACAUUUACGGCUGGAAUAAAUUCCUGCGCCUCUCCACGUACAAGUGGUACACACCACCAGGCUACAUGCUGUGUCUGGUGGUGCCCUCGGUGGUGCUGGUGCUCAAAAUGCUCAUCCUGCUGCCGUGUGUGGAUGGCACUCUCACCCGCAUUCGACAGGGCUGGGAGCGGACCCAGUCGUCGGAGGAGGAGACGGGCGGGAUCAAGGCCACCAACCUGUGAUCUCUGAC